GUGCCAUCGAAUGCAAGCUGGUAAAAAUACUACCCAGUACCUCUGGGUUUCUCCAAGUCUCUAGCAUCAUGGUAUAGAAAAUAUUUCAACUCACACCCCUCAGUUUAACUUUGUGAUUUCAGCUGGAGCUUUGUAUCCAGGAGGGCGUUUUCAGUGACGGUGGUGCUCUGAGGUGCCCACCUGCACACACAUGGGCAGGUGCACAGACGACUUGCACAUCCUCAGCCUGCCCAGCAGAGUAGGAAGGAGUCAUGGACGUUUGAUUCCUGCGUGCAGACCGAUGCUGCACACAUGCUUGCGAAGCUGUUGGAUUCUAAAAGCAGUGUUCACACCUAGGCAGGUGACGUUCAAGAGUAUGUGGCUUCCAUUUCUUAGGACGUCAUAGCCAUGGGAUCCUAGAAUAACUCUUGGCAUUGAAGUUGCAACAUUGGCUUGCUUCCCGCAGUCUUCACUUACUUGCAGGCGUGGUUUGUAUUCACUGAUCAGCUCUAGCUCAGUUCAUGGGACACUCAGCUGACAUAGUCCUACUGUUCUUUAGCCCCCACUUAACAAGGCAUUCCAUCCUCAUUGCUGCAUAACCAGAAACACUGAAGCUGCAGCUGUCAGGGUCCUGUUCCCUUCUGCUUGGACUUCCUGCCAGAGGGUAGUGAACCGUGUGCUUCAGUGCUGCUCCCGCUUUAGGCACCAGAGGUCUCGGCUGCAAAACAAAAGUUGUGGAUGAAAGAAAUUUUACCUUCUAGAAACUCAGCUGACCCAUUAGUUCUCAAGAAAUGAUCAAGAAAAUAUCAAAAUAUAGCCACCCAGUAAUUUAUCACUUGAUGGAUCCAGAGAGUCAAGAAGAGACCAGAGAUGACCAUGAUGACAAGCAGGUGGCUACAGAGAUCAUGGCAAGAUGUUUUACUCCAACUCUGAUAACACACAUUCCCUGGGAAGGCUUCCAUUUUGUGGGACACGAGAUUCGGAUUGCUGAAGCCACAGAUUGUUACGGAGCUGUUGUUUGGCCCUCGGCUCUUGUUCUUUGUUAUUUCCUGGAAACAAAUGCAAAGCAAUAUAAUAUGGUUGAUAAAAAUGUGAUUGAAAUUGGAGCUGGGACUGGGCUGGUCUCCAUCGUGGCGACUUUACUUGGUGCUUAUGUGACUGCCACAGAUUUACCCGAAUUACUUGGAAACCUGCAGUAUAAUAUUUCUCGAAACACUAAAAUGAAAUGCAAGCAUUUGCCUCGGGUAACUGAACUCUCCUGGGGAGUCGCUUUAGAGAAGAACUUCCCCAGGUCUUCCAGCCAUUUUGACUAUGUCCUGGCAGCUGAUGUUGUCUACGCUCAUCCUUUCCUGGAAGAGCUCCUUGUCACCUUUGACCAUCUGUGCAAAGAAACUACUGUCAUCCUCUGGGCUAUGAAAUUUAGGCUGGAGAAAGAAAAUAAAUUUGUGGAUAGAUUUAAGGAGCUGUUUGACCUGGAAGAACUCUCCAGUUUCCCGAGCCUGGAUAUUAAGUUGUAUAAAGCUAUGAAGAAAAAUCGGAGGAGUGCAUAACACCUUCAGAUGAGAACUUGGAAAUGCUAAGGCAGUUUCUACAUUAUGACUCUAACUAAACCCUGAAUAAUUUGUUGUACCCCUGACUUUCCCAAGAGGAAACACACACACACACACACACACACACACGCAUGUGCGCGUGCACACACACACACACAGACACACACACACAGAGUCUAUUCUAAUAGAAGAUAGUUCCCCAAAUCUGCCUUACUCUAGGCAGAAAUAUUUCCACAUACAGCAGGUGAAUCUGUAGGAUUUGGGGAAACUCAAUCUACCUCCACCAGCGUCCAAGGUCUUCUUCUAAUUACACGGUAGUAGGAACUCUGGGGAACGUUAUGGGGUUACUGUCUGCUCUCUUCAUCCCAUUAUAGAACCAUUUUCUACUACUAUUAUUAUUAUUUAAAAAUCAUGCAUUAUUCCUUUAAUGUGUAAUUGCACAAUAAUAGUUUGAAUAAUGGCAUCUCUAAAAUGAACAUUGUUAAUUCUUUUAAACACAGGGUUGAAUGACUAUCUCUUCAGACAAAGAAAUUGACCAUCAUAGGAUCUGCAGAUAAAUCUAAAAAGGCGGUAGAUACAAAACAGUGGUAGAUGUUACGCUUUUGUGGUGUCCAGGAAUGGCAGCCUUUAGGUGUGUGACACUUCCGCUUGGCAGGCUGGGCCUCCAGUCUGACCCCUUGAUGUGAGCCAAGCAUGUGGAUUCGAGGUUGUGGACAAGGACAUUUCACUGUACUAAAUAAAAAAAUGGAUGAAAGCAACACAAGAAUAGUUGAGCCUUUAGAAGUGUUAUUGU